CAUGUCGUCACCCCUUUGGCGUAAAUGUCCUCCAAUUCCCGUUUUGAACCCUUCCCAUCAUGAGCUGCGACUGUAUAACUGGAUCCUGACCACGAAGACAAGAUGCAUCAAUGUUUUCGAUAUUGAAAAUGAGCGGUUGAAACCAAUGGCCUCUUAGCGCCAAGUCAGGCAACAAACCCAUCCGCGCGCCUGACCUGACCUCAUUGCGGAACCAAAGCCACAUGACAAGUUGUCUAUCACAACAACAGUGGAAUAUUAUGUUUGACCUGAGAGGUUUAUAUCACAGACAUGGCUCAAGAAGACCAUGCCCCCGAUAGUGCCGACUCGGCCGCGGUCACCGCUACUGAUAGCCCCGACCCUGCGACCUCGACCCCAACUCCGCCUCCGCCCCCACUCCCACCUCGGCCCCGCCAACCAACGUCGCCCGGAAGUACCGAGACGUCAAAAUUACAGUCCGGUGCGACUACCGCGAUAACGUCCAUCGACAUUCAAACGCUCUCGUUCCCCGAUGGUUCCCGCGGUACUUUCUCCACCCCCGGAACGCGGGCUGUGUCAACUCCCGGAAGGACGUCCCCCAGCGGCUACUCAACGCCCGCGACCAACAUCGGCGGUCUGGAUGAUGCCAUGAGCGUAAUGAGCUUCGCGCCAACGCUCAAGCCACCCGGAGAUUUAGCCAGCUUGAUUGAGGGGGAGAUCAACCGCAAGAGCCGCGCCUGGCAGCUGCUGAGGUCGCAGUCCGCCAGCGUGCAGCCGUUCGAGGCCAGAGGCCCGAAUUUCGCACGCCCGAUGGAUCAAUUGACUGGCUUUGAACAAGAGUUUGACGAUGUCAACUCUGCCGCGCCAGCGGAUUCUGAAACGGGCUCAGAUGAUGAGGAACGUCUGCGGCUGUGGAAGGCCAAACUGAAGCACUACAUGAUCCUAUCGUCGGCUGGCAAGCCGAUCUGGAGCAGACAUGGUGACUUGAGCUUAAUCAACUCAUACAUGGGAGUUGUCCAAACUAUCAUUUCGUUCUACGAAGGCGCCAAAGAUCCGCUGCAGGGCUUUACGGCUGGCGACGCCCGAUUCGUCAUUUGCACCCAGGGGCCCUUGUAUUUUGUUGCCAUCAGCCGCCUGGGCGAGAGCGACUUGCAGCUGCGGGCUCAGCUCGACGCUCUCUAUAUGCAGAUUCUUUCCACCCUGACACUGCCGACGCUGACCAACAUCUUCGUCAACCGGCCCUCUUCCGACCUGCGCAAACCCCUUCAGGGCACUGAGUCGCUUCUCUCAGCGCUGGCAGACAGCUUCACAAAGGGGUCUCCAUCCGCUAUGCUUGGCGCUCUCGAGUGCCUAAAGCUCCGCAAGUCCCACCGGCGCGCAAUCAACAACGCAUUCCUCAAACAACGCUCUGAAAAGCUUCUUUACGGGUUGAUAGUCGCUGGAGGGAAGCUUGUCAGCGUCAUACGUCCUCGCCGCCAUUCGCUACACCCUUCCGAUCUGGAGCUGAUCUUCAACAUGCUUUUCGAAUCCGACGGCAUCAAGGCCGGUGGCGGUGAGAACUGGAUCCCGUUGUGCCUGCCUGCAUUCAACAACAGAGGUUAUCUAUACAUGUAUGUCAGCUUCUUCGAUAACAAGGAUCUCGACUCCACGUCAGUGCCCGAGGCAGCUUCGCCACCCCCAUCGGCCCAAGAUGAGAUCGCCAUCAUCCUGAUCAGCCCAGACAAGGAGUCCUUCUUUGAGCUCAAGGACAUGCGCGACAGGGUAGCAGAGACCUUGACCAAGAACGGUGCCCUGACGCUGAUCCGCGCCGCCACCGCCGCUGGCCGGCCACGAGUCGACGCCGUCGCUGGGCCCGCGGGUGGCGGCCAGAUUGCGCACUUCCUGUACAAGUCGCGCGCCAACGUCCAGCUGGUGGCCUCUUCGUUCGACAAGCCCAGGUUUGAUAUGGUCACGCGACGCCGACUCAUGACGCUGUACCACGGCCUCCACACCGCCGUGCACGCCCGCUACGCGCACUCAAAGGUGCUGCACCGCGCCGCCGCCGAUUCGGUCAGCCUGGCCUGGAUCACGCCGGCCUUUGAGUUUUACUGCGUUGCCGGCCCCAACGCCUCGCGCGCCGUCAUGACCCAGGGCGCAAACAAGAUUGUGCAGUGGAUAAAGCGUGAAGAGGAGCGGCUGUUUAUCGUCGGUGGCGGUGUAUUUUAAAGAGGCAAAUCUUGGUUGCCUUUGAUCUUUUUAUCCAACACUAACUCUUUUUUUUUCUUCACUUUUUUGCUAUAUCGUUGGCCCUUUUGGCUUGAAACAUAGCCCAGAUAUAUCAUGCAUCAACUUUAAGCAUUAAUGAUACACCGUCUGUGUCCCAAUGCUGACUCGACUGAGGAUUUAACUGUCACUCUUCUUGUUCAAGAAGUCUCGGCUUCCAAGACCUACUAAGGCCACUAUGCAGAUAUCUACCACUCCUCUUAAUAAUAAUGACUCUGUUUAGACCAAAUAUAAUGACAGCGUCACAAACAAGGCAUGUAUGCCAGUACGCAUUGCUCAAGCUGCAACGUAAUUUACGACCAUCCAAUUCAAUAUCAGACCACACUCUAUAG